AUGUUGACUGAGUACUUUACUCUUAAUCGCAUGGACCCACAAGCUAGAUCACUUACAUAUGCUGAAAUACCUACUGCUUAUACAUUUCAUCUCAGGCCAAAACAUUGGGCUAGGCGGAAGCAAGGCUAUGUCAUUGGUCGUAUAGUCUUUAUCCCUCCAGGGACAACUGAUGUCUAUUUUUUGCGCAUGCUGCUGACCAAGGUGAGUGGUGCUACGAGCUUUGAAGACCUUAUGAUAGUUGACGGUGAAGUUUGUAAAGAUUAUCAAGAUGCAUGUCUCAAACGCGGUUUCUUAACCGAUGAUAAUGAGCCUCAAGCAACUAUGGUGGAGGUCGGCCAAUGGGGAAUGCCAGCCUUGCUCAGAUCUUUGUUUGUCAUGAUUCUGGUGCAUUCUGAGGUUGCUGACCCAAGGGCAUUGUUUGAAGCUAAUUGGAAACUUCUAGCAGACGAUUUCUCCUAUCGAACCCGACGCGGUUUGGAGCUGCAGCACUUUCAACCACCAACUGAAUAUUUGCAGAAUGAAGUGUUGAAGCAUAUCGAGGCUCUUCUGCAUAGGCACUCAAAAAAACUAGCUGAUUUUGGCUUGCCGCAACCUGCUGACCAUAUUGAUAGUGUGGUUGGAAAUAGAUUAAUUUGUGAACAGCUCAAUUAUGAUGUCUGCAUGCAGGAACGCAUGGCCGUUGAGAUUUUCUCAACAUUGAAUCGUGGUCAGGCUGAGGCCUACCACAAGAUCAUGGCUUCUGUACACGAAGGGGCAGGAAAAUUCUUCUUCCUGUACGGCCAUGGUGGUACAGGGAAGACCUAUCUGUACAACACAAUUGUUGCAAAACUCCGUAGUCAGCAAAAAAUCGUUUUAGUGGUUGCAUCAUCGGGUAUUGCGGCUACUCUACUUCCAGACGGAUCAACCGGACAUUCUAGGUUCAAAAUUCCAAUUGAGAUCGUUAAAAAGGGCACUCAUUUGGCAGAGUUACUAAAAGCAACCUCGCUCAUUGUGUGGGACGAAGCACCGAUGACUCAUCGCUAUUGCUUUGAAGCUUUGAACAAGACUUUAUGCGACGUCAUGGAUGUGCCUUACAGUGGAGAUAGUCACAAGCCAUUUGGUGGCAAGACAGUCCUGCUUGGUGGGGAUUUUCGGCAAAUCCUGCCAGUUGUUCCAAACGGUGGUCGUGAGGAAACUCUUAGUGCAUCAAUCGUUCGUUCUCCACUCUGGUCGCACUGCAACCUUCUCUGUCUAGACCAGAAUAUGCGCAUUAAUCAAGAUGCUGUUAAUGAAACCGCUAUAUUCAGUGGAAUGACAUUCCCACAAUGGGUUCUUGCUGUUGGGAAUGGGGUUGCACCUACUGUUUCCUUGGAUGAAAGUCCUGAAAGAACGUGGAUGAAGAUUCCUCAAUGCCUACUCUUGCCACAGGAAGGUGAAUCCAUUGAGCCAGUUGUUAAUUUUGUAUUCCAUGGACUGCUCGAGGCUUACAGGUCAGUUUCCUUCCUCAAGAGUCGGGCCAUUGUCACACCGACAAAUGAAACCGUCUCUGCGAUAAAUGCUUCUAUUCUUUCGUGCAUUCCUGAGGAGACAAAAAACUACUAUAGCACAGAUAGUUUGUGCGCUGAAUCAACGGACAACUCAGACUUGGAUACACUGUAUCCCAUUGAAUUCCUGAACUCUCUUUCUUUUAAUGGGAUGCCUGAGCAUGAACUAACUCUGAAGCUUUAUGCACCCAUCAUGUUGCUUCGGAAUAUAGAUCCAUUGGCUGGUAUGUGUAAUGGAACACGCCUAAUGGUGACACAUCUUGGAGAAAAUGUGAUAAAGGGAAUCAUACUCACCGGUACUUACGAGGGUACAGUGGUCGCUAUACCGAGAAUAGCUCUGAACUUUAGUGAUCACAAAUGGCCUUUCACAAUGAAACGCCGCCAGUUCCCGGUACGACUCUGCUAUGCCAUGACAAUCAACAAGAGCCAAGGCCAGACACUAGAAAAGGCAGGGGUUUUCUUGCCAAAACCAAUAUUUAGUCAUGGCCAGUUAUAUGUGGCAAUUUCUCGAGUUCGCUCGGCAGCAGGCCUCAGAUUCCUCAUACACAAUGACGGUAGUCUUCCCCAUGACUGCACCAAGAACAUCGUCUACACUGAGCUGUAUUCUGAAUUAUCCUACCCUGGUAACUUUGCAUUCUGCCUUACACUUUAG